AUGCCCAAGCGUCGUGCUGACACUGUUCUUGAAAGUGCACCGAAGCUUCCUUGCGACUGUGAUCAAAUUGCUGGUCGUGUUCAUCAAGAAGAGUACAUCCUUGAGAACGGCUUCGUGACCUCAACACUGUGUGAUUCCUGUGUCUUGUCUGGUGAGGAUUGCGUGAUGGAUCAAACUCGUCGUUAUUCCAAGUGUGCGUCGUGCACUCGUCAGGGUCGCUUGUGCAAGAAGGAUUUUUAUACCAAAAAGGAGUGGGAUCUUCUUAAGCAUGCUGAGAAGAAGAUCGCUUCUGAGCUUUCCGUGACUGAUGACGAAUUAGAGCUCCUUUAUCCCGAGCUUCAACAAUUGCAAGAACAUUUAGAAAAGAUUCAGAAGGAGUUAAUGGAAAAGCAGCAGAAGUUUCUUAAGGAGCGUGGUUUCAAGAUAUCUGAACAUGAUGCUGAGUUGUUGCGGAUCUUGGAUGAGAAGAAGUCGUCUGAUCAGCCCAAUCCUGCUAUUGAAGCCCAACAGCUGGCUGCGACUUCUGAUAAUCCUGAUUUUAGUCAGAUGGUGGUGGAGAUUGAUCAGAUGCCCCCUUCCUUCUGGGAGAAUUUCGAUCUUUCUUUAAGCAGUAUUGUUGAAUGA